AUGGGAUCUUAUACCUACGCGUUCGCGAGGGUAGUCUCGCGUUUGCGUAGGAGGAUGAAGGCUGUCUUCCUCCUUCUUACCCUCAUUUCUUUAUUGCAAAUUCAUGCUAGAGAAAGUCAAUUCUUUAACAAAAUCUCCAGCAACUACAAUGCUGAAAAAAAGACACAAGUGGUUUCCAACAAAGAACAAGAACCAAACUUCUUGUCUGAAAAUGAAAAUAAUGGGUAUGGCGUAUAUGGUCAUGAGUUUGGUCAACUUCCUCCAUUCACAACCACUACUAAUAAUAUAGAAAAAUCCUACAAAAAAAUCAACCCCACCACCACCCCAACUAAUAAUAUUCCCAAUAGCAAAUACCUUUUCCAGAAUUACAGCCCUGUGGCCUAUGUCACUGUCCUAAAGAACGACGAGAACUACAAUAAUAACGAUGAGGAGUACAAAAAUACUGGCAAUAGUAACAACAAAAACAAUAACAAUUGGGAGUACUGCAAUGGUGGCAAUAUUAACAAGAACGAAGAGUACUAUAAUGGUGGUACUACUACUACUAACAACAAUAAUGAGAAGUACUAUAAUGGUGGUAGUAUUAAUAGCAAUAACAACAAUAACAACAACAACAAUAGAGAGUACUAUAAUGUGUACUAUAAUGGUAGCAAUACUAAUAACAACAAGGAGUACUACAAUGAUGGUAUUACUAACAAUAAUAAUAACUAUAAUAACAACAACAAUGAGGAGUACUACAAUGGUGGCAGUACUAACCACUACAAUAACAACAACAACAACAAGGAGUACUAUAAUGGUUACAACAACAAAAAUAACAAUGAGGAGUACUACAAUAAUAAUAACAACAACAACAAGAACGAGGAGGAGUACUAUAGUGGUGGCAAUACUAACAACAUCAUCAAUAAAAACAACAAUAAUAAGGAGUACUACAAUGGUGGCAGUACUAAUAACAAUGACAAGGAGUAUUAUAAUGGUGGCAACAGUAACAACAACAACGAGAAAUACUACAAUGGUGGUAGUAUUAACUACAACAACAACAACGAGAAAUACUACAAUGGUGGUAGUAUUAACUACAACAACAACAACGAGGGGUACUACAAUGGUGGCAGUACUAAUAAUAACAACAAUAACAAGGAGUACUAUAAUGGUGGCAGUACUAACAACAACAACAACAAACAAGGAGUACUACAAUGA